AAUCAUAAUACAAAAGACACCGAUUGAUCGCUAAAUGAUUUCUGAUGUUCGCCCGGACAAUCUUCUUAACGAAAUUUCAUGAAACGAAAUCUUUUACUACUCGCCAUAUUAGUAUUGUGGUCGUCAACAUGGAUUGUCUUGUUUCUAUUCUUCUUCGACGACAAAGUUUCACACCUGUUGCCAUGGACAAAUUCGUUCAAGGAUGAAACUCAACCUGCUCUUGUGAAAAUAAGAUAUUCAAAGUCUAUUCAGGGUAACGUACUUAAAUUUUCCAGUAAAAAGCAAAUCAACAAGGAAAUAUUCCGUAAAAAAGGGCGAGAACUGAGAAGGCGUCAAAAAGGCUCUUUUAAUCACGAGGUUUUAUUGAAGCGUUUUACGUACAAUUUUAAAACUGAAUUUUGUCGGAUUUAUCGUGCCAAACUAAACUGGAAGAAAUAUUUAGCACCUUGUGCCAAGCAUACAAAAUGGGAAAUCAAUUCUGCUGGCUGGAAGAACAGAAAAUUAAAAACUUGCGCUGCUAAUAGUUUUAUAUCGAAAUGGGACAUUCGUCCUGCUGGAGAAUUCAGCAGGUUUUUCAUUCAAUCUAAAACAUCAAAUAAUCAUACUAAGAAUAUCGGCGGGGAUUCCUGGCGUGUUCAUAUUAAAGGAAGCUCUUCAGUUAGUGCUACAGUAUUUGAUCACAACAACGGUGUUUAUGAAGUGUUAUUUCUCUUGAUGGAAGCAGGACUUUAUCAAAUAGAAAUCACUUUGGAUUAUACUUUAUGCGAUGGCUUCAAAGAUCCACCUGCAUAUUGGUAUAAAAAAGGAAGUUAUCAAGGUAAGAAUCAACCAGAUGGCAUUUUACAAGGAGAUCGUCCCUAUCUGAUGGAGCCAUUAGGCGAUGGUAAACGGUUUUUCAUUGAUGUUCAAACAACAAGAUAUUCGAAAAAGGUUCGCGCUAAAAUGGACAAGAUUAGAAAGAAAUUCUUUACCCUUGCGCUUACUGGAAAACCAAAGAUUUGCGACGUUCAUUGUCCAAGUCUUGUUUUUGAUGGACUGGGAAGGUGGAUAGAUAGAACAUGGGAACCAUUCUCUCAUAAUCUACACAUACGACGUGAACCUCAUAAUGGUGAAGGUAUGUUGUGGAUGUAUGGGGAUUCAGUUUCCAAGAGGUUUGCGGAGAAUCUGGUAACUGGUCCUUACCGUGAGCUAUGUAAAAAUGUAUUCAAGCGAUGUAGAAUGUCGUAUUCCUGGGUGUAUAAUGUUGAGAAUGUUAAAGAUGAGGACAAACUCGAUGGUGAAGAUUACGACCACCAGAAAGUGCUGGCUGAAAUCAACAGGGUAUUGGAAGACCAAAGACUGGAUAAACACAGCGUGGUAAUGCUAAACUGGGGCAUUCAUUUUGCAGCAGCUGUGAGUUUUACAAAUUACAAAAAACUUAUAGACGACUUUCUAGAGAUGCUCAAAAGUAAAAAGAGACAAAAAAUAUUUGAGGGAGAAAUUAUUUGGAGGACAACAACGGCCAUUUUCAGGGAACGUUACACAAAUCCUCACAAAGAUGUUCGUCGUUUUUUAACUUUUCCUAGAAUUAUUUUAUACAAUGCGUAUGCAAUGUCAGCCAUGUGUAAAGCUGGUAUUGAUGUGGUAGAUGUGUAUCCAAUGACUGACUCGUUUCCACCUGGAACUGUAUCUAAGCGCGAUCCUGUGCAUUUUGAAAGAAUAGCAAUGGAAAGCGUUCAACGCUUCGUUUAUAAUAAGUUUAAAUCGCAAGGCUGACUAGUGCUUUCCAGAUACGCGUUUUCACGGAGUUUCAAACCAACAGAGUUAAUGCUACCCGGUGAUGAAACCAACUUGAUGGUGAAUUAAAUUUAGUUCUCCGCGGCAAGAUUUUGAUACUGUGGUCACGAGUUCUAAAGGUAAAAUUAAGUUGUAAGAACGUGUCAAGGGCCUCUAAAAUCCCUGGUAAUAUUUUCAUAACUGAGUUUUGUAUAUUAUACCCAAUAGUUAUUAUAGUAUAUUAUACAAAUUAUUUAAUUUUUUUUGGUAUUCAAAU